AUGUCGGAUAUCAGAGCACUUGAAGAUGAGGCCAAAAAGGAUCUCGAUCAGCUGAAAACCGGAGCCUCUGUCAGUGCCGGUAGUCAUGAACAUGCAAACGAAGCUAUCAAUAUCCAUGGCAUCAAUGAAGACACCAUUGUUGCAGAUCAGGCUGUCUGCGAGCUUGGUAAUGAAGAUCCCGAUAGGAUCGAACUCUGA